AUGGCUUCUCUCUCUCACUCUCCUGCUCUGUCUUGCUCGGUGUGUCACAUGUUUAGCUACUCCUCUGCCUCCUUUGAUGGUACUGAUACCUGUACUAAGUGUAGUUUGUUUGUAGCCUUGGAGGCGAGGCUUAGUGAGUUAGAAGCACGGCUCUGCACCACGGAAAGCCAGUCAGCUCCAGUAACUAGCCAGCCCCCUGUCGCCGGUGCGAGCCUACCUAGUACUAGCGUAUCUGCUAAUCCCCCGGUACCUCCCGAGCAGCCGGGAAACCAGGAUGGCUGGGUGACUGCUAGAAGGAAGCAUAGCCCCAAACAGAAGCCCACGGUUCACCACCAACCUCUUCAUGUUUCUAACAGAUUCUCCCCACUCAGCAACAUACCUGCUGAGAACCAGACUCUGAUUAUUGGCAGCUCCAUAGUCAGAAAUGUGAAAUUAGCGACACCAGGGACCAUAGUUAAAUGUAUUCCUGGGGCCAGAGCGGGCGACAUUGAGUCAUACUUAAAACUGCUGGAUAAGGAUAAAUGUAGAUACAGUAAGAUUAUUAUACAUGUUGGUGGAAAUGACACCCGACUACGGCAGUCGGAGGUCACAAAAGUUAAUGUUGAAUCGGUAUGUACAUUCGCUAAAACAAUGUCGGACUCCGUAGUUUUCUCUGGGCCCCUGCCUAAUUUGAUUAGUUAUGACAUGUAUAGCCGCAUGUCGUCAUUUAACCGCUGGUUGUCGAGGUGGUGCCCAGAUAAUAAUGUGGGCUUCAUUGAAAAUUGGCAGACUUUCUGGGGAAGACCUGGUCUAAUUAGGAGAGACAGCAUACAUCCCACUUUGGAUGGAGCUGCUCUCUUAUCUAGCAAUAUGGCCGAAUUUAUUGACCCAAACCCAUGA